UUUCAUUUCUCAAUGCAGUUGACCCUCUAGGAAGGUAGCCAUUUUAUUUGCCGGUACACGAUUUGCACGUAUUACGAGCGAAACACGAUUUAUUAUCAUGACUGAUAGAUCUGAAUACAAGACUGCACCAUUUGAUGCUAGAUUUCCAAACCAGAACCAAACAAAGAACUGUUGGCAGAACUAUGUAGAUUUCUAUAGAUGUCAGAAAGUAAAGGGAGAAGAUUACGAACCAUGCACUUAUUUCAAGAAAGUCUAUAGAUCUCUAUGUCCUAAUAAAUGGGUAGAAUCUUGGGAUGAACAAAGGGAAGCUGGCACAUUUGCUGGAAAGAUUUGAUCUAUACAUUGAUAAACGUGUGCUUGUCCAAUUAAAUGUGUUCUUUUUCUCAGUUUGCUGUUAAAAUGUAUAGUCUGGUUAUUGAAAGUUGAUUAAUCACUUCUGUAGAGAAUAGAUGAACAUCUUAUAAAUUCUCGGGAGAUAUGUUAUAAGUUCAAUUAAUAAAAGUGAAACCAUUGUAUCAUUAAAAUUGAUAUUUAAUACAUGAAA